AUGAGGAGAAGACGGAAGGCAGGAACAAACGGCUCUCAGCUGGCAGGAUCCCAGACAGGAGGUCAAACUAGGCCAAGCAUGAGAUUUGCUUGGACCCGUUGUUUAAUUGUCUGGGAGUGCGAAGAGAUUCUCGGGGAAGCACUUCUGCGUCACCCAAUUCCAGCCCUGACCCUGUUUCUUAACCCCCAGGGAGAGUGCGGCCAGUGCAUUUGGUACGACGAGUGUGGCAUGAGCGAAAGAGGGAGCCUCAACUGUGCGUACAAUGGGACGGCAAAAUCCCUCACUGCAGAAGGAAUCAAGAUCCUCAACCAGACUUGUCCAGAACUUGUUAGAGAAUACAUAACCGAGGACGGGCAGCUGGACACGUGUUGCAAUGACCGGCAGGCCCUAGCUCUUUCACAGUCCCUCGGGAUGAUGAAGAUGUUUCUGGUGCGGUGUCCUGCAUGCAUCAGGAACAUCCGCAUCCCCUUCUGCUACAUGACCUGCUCGCCACACCAAUCGGAGUUCCUCGAGCCUGUGUCAUAUGUGCCUGCGACGCACAGGGACAAGAAAGGACAACACAUGGUAGUAGACAUGAAGUUCUACAUGUCAAAGGACUUUGUGGACAAAGUAUAUUCAUCGUGUCGUGAUGUUGUUUCCCCGUCCACAAAUGACCGUGUAAUGGGGCUGUUUUGCGGAGACUGGGGAGCCCCGCGAUGUACAGGAGAGAGGCUGUUCAACUACCUGGGCGACAAGGAAGCAAAUGUUUACACUCCCAUCAACAUCCAGUACCACUAUGUCAAAAACACAGAGGAAGCGCCCGGGAACAUAAUCCCUCUCAAUGAAACAGCUCAGCCAUGUAGUUUAGAUUUUGAGGGGAGCUUAGCGUGCUCAUGUGCUGAUUGCCAGAGCUCGUGCCCUAUCAUCCCAGACACAUGGGAUGCCCCUGGAGAGCCAUGGAUCAUGUUUGGGUAUGAUGGCCUUGCAGUGGCCAUGGCCCUCACUGCGGUGCUCUUCUCUGUCUCGUUCCUCGUGGUCUUUGCCUACUGCCAUAAGCGCAAUAAGAGAUAUACAGAGGGAGUCAAGGUGUUUAUAUGGCUGAUUCAGGUAAAUAGAGAGGAGAAGAAGCCAGUCACAGCGGUGAUGGUGGAGCGCAGCAUGCGGCACCCGGAAGAAAUCAGAUCAGCCGUCGGCCGCCGUCUCGCCCACUUGUCAGAUCCUCAGGCUCAGUUUGCGGGUGAAGACGAGAAUUCACUUCUUCAUGGACGACCAACUGCAGACAUGCCAGAGGUUGUGAUGCAUGAUGAGCUCUCUUUCUCUGAACGGCUGACAAACUGGACACAGACGGCCGUCGAUCAGUUCUUCACAAAGUGGGGAACAGUAUGUGCGGGCCACCCGUGUAAAGUCAUGUGCAUCGGCAUGUGUGUGGCUGCGUCCCUCUGCGUCGGAAUCUUGUUCCUACAGAUCACGACAGACCCUGUAGACCUCUGGGCAUCCCCCAACUCUCGCUCCAGGCUUGAGAAGAACUAUUACGACGAGAACUUUGAGCCAUUCUACCGCACCGCCCAGAUCUUCAUCCGUCCAGUGGGGAUUGAGAGUUAUGAGGUAAACAAUGAGACCUAUGGCCCAGUGUACAACAUGAGUUUCUUGAAGGAGGUGUUGCUUCUUCAGAACUAUAUUGCAAAUGAGAUGCAAGCCGAGGUUGACGGGGAAAUAGUGACCCUGUAUGACAUUUGCAACAAGCCCAUGGCCCCAGACAACCUCAACUGCAACAUCCAGUCGAUAUUGAAUUUCUGGCAGAAUGAUGAGGCUGUUUUGAAUUCUUCGGAUAUUCAUCAUGCAAAAUCAUGUAUAGGAAAUGCCUACCAGGAACACUGCAUGGGUUCCUAUGGAGGUCCUGUCCUCCCCCACGUAGCUCUCGGGGGUUUCUUGGCCAAGAACCAGACGCUCACGGAAAAUCCCAACUACAUGCUGGCAGACACACUUGUCAUCACCCUGCCCAUCAACAACUUCUUCAACACGUCCAUGCUGAAACCGGCCCUGGCUUGGGAGAAAGUGUUUAAUGAAUUCAUGCUCAACUACUCUCACCCAAUGAUGGACAUUGCCUUCCGUUCGGAGCGUUCCAUUGAGGACGAGUUGGUUCGAAUGAGCAAGUCCGACCUGCCAACAGUCAUCAUCUCGUAUAUCAUCAUGUUCCUUUACAUUGCUUUGGCUUUGGGACACACCAACCACUGCAGUCGUCUCCUGAUUUCAACAAAAGUAACGUUGGGUCUCGGAGGAGUGCUGAUUGUCCUGGUCUCAGUAUUCUCAGCAGUUGGAUUUUAUGGAUACGUUGGAGUCCCUUGCACUAUGCUUAUCAUUGAGGUGAUCCCCUUCCUAGUGCUGGCUGUAGGAGUUGACAACAUCUUCAUCCUUGUGGAGGCGUAUGCCAGCCUUGACCGCACAGAGGAGGACACCAGAUCGCAGCUUAUUGGCCGUGCCGUGGGUUCUGUUGGUCCGUCCAUGCUCCUGUCGUCCAUUUCCCAGUCUUGCUGCUUCUUCUUAGGGGCUCUCUCCGAUAUGCCAGCUGUCCAGGCAUUUGCCAUGUAUGCGGGAAUGAGCCUCCUGAUCAACUUCGUCCUGCAGAUGACCCUCUUUGUGGCUCUUUUCUCACUGGAUGUUGCCCGGGAGGAGGAUAAUCGUUUUGAUGUCUGCUGCUGCAUUAGAAGAAGCAAAGUUGAAAUGGAUUCCGACACCAGAUUUCUACACAAGGUUUUCGAGACAACAUACGCACCCUUCCUCAUGCGACCGUGGGUUCGUGCAGUGGUGAUUGUGGUGUUCAUGUUUUGGCUGUGUUCCUCAGUGGCCAUGGUUCCUCACAUAGAAAUUGGAUUGGAGGAGGAGCUUUCUAUGCCAGACGAUUCGUAUGUUUUGAAGUAUUUCGAGUACCUGGAAAAGUAUGGAUGUGUAGGAGCCCCAGUCUAUUUUGUACUAAAACAUGGGUACAACUUCACUGAUUAUGACAUGCAGAAUAAAAUAUGUUCACAUCUGGGUUGUAAUAAGGACUCGCUCUUAAUUCAGAUGAAAUUAGCUUCACAAAUUCCAAAUCGAACCUUCAUUGCUGUGCCCUCUUCCGCCUGGAUUGACGACUACUUUGAGUGGUCUCUUGAGGGGAGGUACUGCUGCCAGCUUUAUGAUAACGGCACCUUCUGCAGACGAGAGGCAGAGGAUGACUCCUACAUCUAUGAGGAAGACAUAGACUACAUAGAGAAACCAGAUAUUAUUGAUAGCAUUGACACUGGAGGAGGAGAAGGAGUCAAAAACGGCUCAAGUGAAGAUGAGCCAGUGACUAAAAAACCCAGCAGAGACUAUGGUGGACCAGAUUUUGAUGUUGUGUACAAUGAUGACACCAACUAUGACUACAAUUACGGAGACUUGGAUAUUGACUACUACUUUGAUGGGGACAAACCUGUAAAGAAGAAGGAUGAGAAAAAGGAGGAACAGCCCAACACAAAGCCCGAGGAGAAAUAUGAGGAAGACAUCUAUGACUAUUCAUACACGUACGGUGACCCCGACUUCGACUAUGACGGCCUCAAGACCAACAAGCAGCCCAAGCGCAAGCCCCAGGAGCUAAAGGAGGCCCCAGUGACCAAGGCUCCUACAAGCGAGAGGCACUUGGACAAUGGCUGGCCGGACUACAACCUAGAGACAACUUCGUCAAGUGAGAGGAAGGCAUCAGCAGCACGAACCUACCUGAGGAGACGUCGUAGUGUCAGGAAGGACUGCCACACAUGCCCUAUUACCCCCAUGCCCAACAACCCCUUCCGCCCUGACCCCGAGAUGUUUGGACAGUACCUUCCCAUGUUCUUGAAGGACAACCCCGAUCUCCACUGCCCCAAGGCCGGUCAUGCAGCCUAUGGCCAGAGUGUCAAAGUGAAUUAUGAUGACUCAGGCAACCCAGUCACUGGAGCCAGUGUCUUCAUGACAUUCCACACUGUCAUGCGCACAAGCCAGCAUUUCUAUGAAGCUCUUCGGGCAGCCAGGGCCAUCGCAGACAACAUCACUCGCACACUCAACCUGGUGGAGAAGGACGGAGUCUUGGUACCGAGUGGAGAGACCAAAUAUGAAGUUUUCCCCUACAGUGUCUUCUACGUAUUCUAUGAACAAUACCUCACCAUCUGGGAGGACACAGUGCGCAUGCUGGGCAUCUCCGUCAUUGCCAUUUUCUUCAUCACGCUCUUCAUGAUGGGCUUUGAUGUGUCCUCCUCUCUCAUCAUCAUGGUCAUGGUGGUGCUCAUCCUAACCAACAUGGGUGGCCUCAUGUACAUGUGGGGCAUCUCACUCAAUGCCAUCUCGCUAGUCAACCUCAUAGUGGCCAUUGGCAUCUCCGUUGAGUUCUGCUCCCACACCACACGUGCCUUUGCCGUCAGUGAGGCCGACACGAGAAUUGUGCGAGCCCAGGCCGCUCUGGUGCGCAUGGGGCCGUCCAUGCUGUCCGGAAUCACAUUGAGUGAUAUGGGUGUCGUUGUCCUGGCUUUCGCUAACUCAAAGAUUUUCCAGGUGUUUUACUUCAGAAUGUAUUUUGGAAUGGUGGUUAUUGGAGCACUUCAUGGUCUCAUCUUGCUGCCAGUUCUUCUUAGUUUUGUUGGCCCUUCCCGAAAAGUUGUAAGAAGCAACAUGCCAGACCGCACAGCCAACCCCAGUGGCUCAGUACAGAUGGAGGACAUGAUUGGGGAUGACCAGGAGAAGCAGUGCCUCACGUCCAAGCACACAGCCAGCAUCAACAACAUCCCCAAGAGCAGCAUGAGCUCAAACAGCCUCAGUGGGGAUGCGCCCUCCAGUAACAACAGCAACACGUGUAAGAAGAACGGCUUCAAGCACUCCCCAAAGAAGGGCAGCCACAUGUCACUGAAUCAUAAUAGUGAUGACAUCGAGGACCGGAAUGCCAGAAACACCCCUUCGCGGCACUCCAGUGGCACACCCCUCCGGAACUCUGACUCCAUCUCGCGCUACUCUGACACACUCUCGCGCCACUCCGACACGUUGACCCGGCACUCGGCCUCCACGCCCUCCCACAAGACAGAGGCCACCCCCUCCUGCCACUCAGACCCCCCCUCGUGCCACUCUGACACCCUCCCACGGCGAUCCAAGACGUCCUCGCGGCACUCGCUCGCCAAGACGCCAGAGGAGCUUGAGAAGCUAGAUCAAUGAUGCUAUGGAGGGCAUUAACUGGCUGUUUGUAAGUGUGGGUCUUGGUUGAAGAGUUAUUUUUUAAGAAUGACUCCAAGGGUGUACAGUUAGGUGUGGACUUUUUUCUCAUCUUUCUAGUUUUUCUUUCUUUUUUUAUCUUUUUUAUAUAUGAUAUCAUAAAAGUGCUUCCUUGUAUAUUAUGCUAAAUGGUGAGCUUUAGGAAACAUCUGUGUUUUUUUCACUCUCUCUCACUUGCUAUUUGUUUUUAUAUAAAUUUAUAUACAUUGUCACACAUUUAUAAUUGCACAUGUAAGUCAGUUAGUAUGUGUGCAUGUUGGUGUGUUUGUACAUAUGGAUAUUUGUAUUCAUAUAUGUGAGUAUGUGUUUGUGCAAACAUAUACAUAAAGAAAUGUAUGUAUGUAUUAUUAUAUAUGAGGAUCUACAUAUACAAAGAAAACAUACAUGUUUCCGUGCUCCAUAGAGAAAAGAAUAUACACAGAAAAUUGGGCUUGAGACGGCACAUUUUCAAACAUGUCAGAUAAUUGACAACCCUAGGGUAGGUGUGCAUCAAAGUUCACUUCCUAUGUGACUGUGGAAAAUAGUCCUUAUAUCAUUCCAUGAUAAGGCUUGGGAAAUAGCUGGAUGCCAGACGCAAGAAACAUUGAUUGCAGGACAUUCCAGUCACUUGGCACUCAAAGUUACUUACUGAGAAAAAGUUGGUAAUGAACAGCUAUUAUUAUGGUCUAGAUUACUUUUUGUAGGAGGAUAUUUUUUGCUCAAGAUAAACUAGAUAAGCCUUUUUUUUUUCUUUCUUUUGUUUUUAAAAAAAAAAUCUAGAUAAUUGAAAAUGAUGUCCUGUGUUCCUAAUUUAAAACAUUUUUGAGUGAUUAGAUUUAAAGAUAUAUUUUGGCUUUAAGUAGCUAUCUUGACCUACUCGCACUCAGUUUAAGCCAUGACAGAAGAUUUGAGGCCAGCUGUGAGAGGUAUUGAAACAAAGAGGGAGUAGGCUUUGUCUUUUAAGAAAAUUAGAAUAAAAACACAAGGGAAAAUAAACUACAAAAAAAUGUAUAUGUAUAUAUAUAAAAGCAGGGGUCACUCAUGAUUGUCUUAUGUUAGUGUUAAUAAUGUAAUGCUGUGAUAUGUAAUUGCAGUUAGUCAGUUGGGAGGUAUGUAUUGCCAUACAUAGUUCCUGCCUUUUUCUUUUUUAAUGGUAUGUCCAACAAGGACACGAGAUUCGGAAAGAAAUAUUUGAUGAUUUUUCUUUCCUGCAACCCAGUGAGGAGGCUCCCAAAGAGAGCUAUUUUUUAUGAAUUCUUUCUCCCCCAAAGACUGUAAUAUUUAAUGUAUGCAUUGGUUUGUGUGCUUGUCCAAUCAUCUUGUUUAUGUAUAUGUGUAGCUCAUGUUGAGCUUUCAUAGCCUGUAAUAGGGAAGGAAAGGCAAAACUGCAGACAGAAUGCACCAAUAUAUUGUACAAAUUGGUGUAGAAUGCUGACUUUGUCUUUUUCAUAAGGUUAUACAAAGAAACCUAAUGAAAUGGAAAUAACAAUUAAGUUUUGAUAUACUAGAGAUAAUUUUUGUAGUUGUUAUUUGUUUCUUUGUUAUCAAUAGUUCUUCCUUUCCAUUUGCAUUUCAUUUCAUUCAUUUCUGUAGCGCUGGAAAUUGCAUACCAAGUCUGACUCCACUUUUAUGACUCAGAUUUAGCAUGCAAUGAGGGUCUUAUAUAAUUUGUUUUACACCAAAAUAAAUUACAAAGAACAGACAAAAAUGUGUUUCAGUAUUGGCAGUUGAAAUUUAGUUUAUAAACAUUCUUCUGUUGUAUAUAUUGUUAAUUAUGGCACUGCUUGUGCCAUGACUAUUUUGCAAAAGAAUGAAUUUGGUAUC